CCGCCCAUCGCCGCCGUGGGGCCGCCCCUUCCCGCGAUAGCGCCGUCCCGGUGUCAUGGCGGCGGCGGAGGAGCCCGAGGUGGACAUCGAGGGGGACCCGGGGGCCCCGCCGGGAGAUCAUGAAAACCCAGCAUCAAGCCUGCUGCAGGAUCACUACCUCGAUUCAUCUUGGAGAACUGGCAACAGUCUUCCCUGGACAUUGGACAGCAGCAUUAGUGAAGAAAACAGGGCUGUCAUUGAGAAGAUGUUGCUGGAAGAAGAGUAUUAUUUAUCUAAUAAAUCACUUUCUGAAAAAAUAUGGCUCAACCGAAAGGAAGUGGAGAAAAGAUCUGUGAAAAGCCCUCAUAAGAAAACUGGAAAAGUCAUGGUCCGGUCACCUGCAAAACCACCUGGCUGCUCCCUGAAGUGGACAUUGGAGGAAAAAGAGCUGUUUGAACAAGGACUGGUGAAAUUUGGCCGCCGGUGGACAAAAAUCGCCAAGUUGAUCGGGAGUCGAACUGUCCUACAAGUCAAGAGCUACGCUCGGCAGUACUUUAGGAACAAGGCAAAAAAUGGUGAUUCUGAAAAAGAAGAGCAAAGUCAGCGUGGGAGCAGUGUUCCCAUGGAAGAUGGGAUAAGGGCGGAAACUGGAAAUUUGAGAGGCCGUGCAGACCCUAAUCUGAAUGCAGUGAAAAUUGAAAAGCUGUCAGAUGAUGAAGAAGUAGACAUAACUGAUGACAUGGAUGAGCUACUCUCUCCUACCUUCCAGCAAGAAACUGGAAAAUCUGAAUUAUCUGUUAUUCCAAAAAGUCCAGUUGAAGAAACAAAAGGAAUGGAACACGGUUUGUCAUCUGCUGGACACAGUUCUGCAAUUGCUUUGCCUAAAGAAGAUCCUCAGCAGACCAGGCAGGAUACAGUGGAUGCCUUGGUAUUUCCUGCUGUGGCAGCAACGUGUUCCCAGCACCUGAAUGGUGAUAAAUCUUUGAGUUUAGAUUUCCAGCAGUACAAUAAUUAUAUUGAGAGAGCUGAACAAGGAGGAGCAGUAACAUCUCUUGGUACUGGACAAGCGACUGCUCAGGAGCCCAGUGAGGAGCAAAGAAACCCAGCUGACAAUGGAUUGCUUUUUCCUUCCCCCUGCCAAGCGGAUGAAGAUCAUCAAGAAGAAGCAGAGGAGCUGAAGCCCCCUGAUCAAGAAGUGGAGGUUGACAGGAGCAUCAUUCUGGAGGAGGAAAAGCAGGCUAUUCCCGAGUUCUUUGAAGGGCGCCAGGCCAAAACACCAGAGCGUUACUUGAAAAUCAGGAAUUAUAUUUUGGAUCAAUGGGAGAGAUGUAAACCCAAGUACCUGAACAAGACCUCGGUGCGUCCGGGCCUGAAGAACUGCGGUGACGUCAACUGCAUUGGCCGGAUCCACACGUACCUGGAACUCAUCGGGGCCAUUAACUUCGGCUGUGAGCAGGCCGUGUACAACCGGCCCCAGGCAGCCGACAGGACGCGCUCCCGGGAAGGCAAGGACACGGUGGAAGCCUAUCAGCUCGCACAGCGCCUGCAGUCCAUGCGCACAAGAAGGCGGCGAGUGCGAGACCCCUGGGGAAACUGGUGUGAUGCCAAGGAUUUGGAAGGACAGACAUUCGAGCAUCUCUCAGCUGAAGAAUUAGCAAGAAGGAGAGAGGAAGAAAAACUGAAACCUGCAAAAUCUUCCAAAGGUUCGAGACAACCCAAAAGUUCCUUUGAUCCCUUUCAGCUGAUACCCUGCUGUCUGUUCACGGAGGAGAAGCAGGAGCCUUUUAAGGUGAAAGUGUCUUCUGAAGCACUUCUAGUAAUGGAUUUGCACUCUCAUGUGUCUCUGGCAGAAGUGAUAGGGCUGCUGGGUGGAAGGUACUCUGAAGCUGAUAAAAUUGUGGAAGUGUGUGCAGCAGAGCCCUGCAACAGCCUCAGCACAGGCCUGCAGUGCGAGAUGGAUCCGGUGUCCCAGACACAGGCCUCGGAAACACUGGCUGCCAGAGGAUUCCAGGUCAUUGGAUGGUACCAUUCCCACCCAGCCUUCGAUCCCAACCCCUCCAUACGAGACAUAGACACUCAAGCCAAAUACCAGAGCUAUUUCUCCCGGGGAGGUGCCAUGUUCAUCGGAAUGAUCAUCAGCCCUUACAACCGAAAUAAUCCCCUGCCAUAUUCCCAGAUCACCUGUCUGGUCAUUAGUGAUGAGAUCAGUGCUGAUGGUUCCUACCGCCUGCCCUACAAAUUCGAAGUGCAGCAGAUGUUGGAGGAGCCUCAGUGGGAAUUAGUAUUUGAAAAAACAAGGUGGAUAAUUGAAAAGUACAGAUUUUGCCACAGCAGCGUCCCCAUGGAUAAAAUUUUUCAUAGGGAUUCUGACCUGACUUGUUUGCAGAAACUUUUGGAGUGCAUGAGGAAGACUUUGGGCAAGGUAACAAACUGCCUCAUUGCUGAAGAGUUCUUGACUCAGAUAGAAAACUUAUUCCUUUCCACAUACAAGAGUGAGGAAAAGGGCAGUGCUGAAGGAAGUGAGAAGGAAUGUUCACACCAAUUGCCACUGUGAUGGCUUUGGCAAACCAAAGUGAUGGAAUUUGGAUGUUAUUUUUUGAUUUCUCUCCUUCCUCCUCAUUAUGUCAACUCUUUCAGAACUGUUACCCACCUCAGUAGUGACUGUUACAGAAUCCAGUGUCAUCUUAUCUUGGUGGUUUAAAGAUACUUUGGAAGCUCUUUUUGUGUGUGACCCCAGUGCCCAAGGGAGGCUCAGGCUAACGAGGGACGCAGCAUUAAUUGAGUGACUGCUCUGGGAGAAGGACACCUGUCAGGAAUACUGUGCAUCCAUCUUCAAGGAGAGUUUGUCCUCUCUCAGGUCUUCCAGUUUGGGAAUUUUCUCUUAAUGUUGUCUCCAGGUACCCAUCUAACUCAGGAUGAAUUAAUGCUUUAGAGGUUGUAAGUUUGAAUGAAUUCACAGAAGAGAAACUUAACUGAAAUGAGAACUUUGUAGCUCCAACUCUCCUAGUAUCCAGCCUGAAGUUUUAUUCAGUUGUAGCAAAAUACAUCACCUGAUUUCUUUGCUUUUAUUACUGUUUUUCCCCAUUCAUCCUGAUGGUCAAGUAGCUUUUUGGCACAUUCUUUGCCAUCUUGUUUCUGUAUUGGGGAGGAAAAGCUGGCAAGUUUUCAUGACUUCUCAGUAGUGCCUGUGCUUGUUUCCAGUGGAAAUGCAACCUUUCUGACCUUCCAUUCUAUGGGGAGGUUUUACCUUGUUCUCCAGAUCCUUGCCGUUUGUCCAUUUGGAAUUGCCACUGUUUCCUGUGGAAACACGAGCUCUGGGUUGAUGGCAAACUGGGGGCAAGGAGAAGAAAAGUAUUUGUGUUUGUAAAGAAAAAAAAAAUCCCAACUUUUAUAUUCGGAGUCUUCUCUGUAAUGUACAGUUUAAUAAGAAAACACUGGUUUAUAUCAGUUUCUCAGUUAUGAUUUCUUACAGGUGUAUAUUUAGAUAAAUCAGUCACAGAUUGAUCUUGAUUGGAGAAGUUUCCUGAUUGCAACUUGGAAAUGUUUCGUGAGCUGUAUCACUGUGACUCUUUAUAGAAGAAAUGUGUUUUAAAUUUUGCUUUCUAAAGAAACUUGACCUGUCUACAGGUAUUUACACAGGUUUAUCUUGGGCAAAGUUUCUCAGAGAGGUCUAAAAUGUAUUUGAAAACCUGAAACAAGACAUCGAGUUUAUAUCCAGAGGGGAGAGAACGGGCUCAAGUUUUAUUUUAAGAAAAAAUAUGUGUGUGUAUAUAUCUAGUUCUACAUAACAUAAAUGGAAUUUUAAGAUUUUAUAUGUUUCAGCUUUUCAUUUAUAUAGAAUUUGAAAAGCUUUAAAAUCAUAGAGCUGCAUCCCAAGGAGGGAAGCCCUUCACAGGAAGUUGAUGUUACGGUUUUUACCAUGAAAUGUCAGACUCUUUCUGUCACUGAGGGGAAGGUGCAGAACCUGAUCAAAGGAAAAUGGGAGCUCUUGAUACUCAGUGAUUUUCCCACAUUCAAGAGCCGUGGACUCAAAAGUACUGGUGGAUGUUCUGUGCUCUCUUCUAUGUUCAGAUCUGCAGAUGCAGAGCUUUGGGUGUGUGAUUUACCACUGGUGCACCCAUCUGUGUCCAGUGUGUUGGCUCAGUCUGCACUUACUCUAAACUGUCAUCUUUGGGACUUCCUCACUCCCAAUACUGCAUGGAUUUCUGUAUUCCUAAUUAAACUACACUCUGAGUGGGAAGGCAUUCCUGACAGCUCAGUUGUGGGUGCUGUGCAGUGCAUGGUGUUGGGUUCAGUUUUCCAUAGGUUCUCUAGGAAAUCCCCCAGGAUCAAUGUACACGGACAGCUGUAAUUUGUGCUGGUUGAUAGCAGGAGAAUUUUGAGCCCCUGUGUAACAUCAGUAUGAAGUAGAUCCUGUUCACUGUCCUCAUAGGGUCUAUUCCCAGCCCUUUAAGGAUGGAUCAGGAUUACCCAAGCAGUGGUAACUGUGCUGGCUACUUCUCUCUGUAGUGAUUACAAUGAAUUAAAGUAACACAGUUGUAUCAAUUGGAUUUAACAGAGAUGUUAUAUAAGGAAGUUCUGAGUGACACACACUUUUGAAGUGGUUUGUCUCUGGGAAGAGGACAUGGUGCAGGACCGAGCCUUUGGCAUGCACAGAGACUCCAGAUAUUCUGAGUUUAUGAGCAGGGUGGUGUGGAGAAAAUACAAUGCUGGUACCGUUGGGAUCCAGUCUUGCACACGGAAUUGUAUGGGAAUUGGAAAGAGCACAGUUGUGAUGCUGAGUAAUGAUUUUGUUGGCAGGAGCUGUGGUAAGAAAAUAACUAAUCUGCUUUUCAGCAUUUAGUUGGUCUGAAUAGUUAAUAAGGAGAGUUUGGAAGUUGCAGGCUUCCCAGGAGGUAAAAAUCUGUUUUACUAAUGUGCCAGUUCUGCUACCAAACACAUAUCAGGCAUGAAAAUUCUUUAUUACAAAGCUUUUUUUUUCCCCAUCCAGGCUUUGUUUCAGUGCACUUGUGAGGAUUAAUCCACUGUUCCUUUCUGUAGGUCCAGUGUUACACCCUGCCAAGGUGUUGCUCAGGAGAUGAGGAAUGGUUGAGCAGUGAGUAGAAUGAUACAGUUAAAACUGAAAUUCGAGUUUAAAAUAGGAAGAAAUAAAUUAAAAACAAACAGGCGACCACAAAAAAAACCAAACAACCCCCCAAGAUGUCACUUGUGCAAAUAUCCUUGAAGGGCAUUUGUUGGCUGAAUUAUGUUUUGCUCUCUCAGUUUCCAGCAGUGCUGCUUCACAGGGCACAGAUCUUGUGUACAAAGGGGAGGGAACAUCUCUAUUUUUAUGUUUUUAAAAUAAGUAAUUUUCCAAGAACAAUUCAGGUGAGGAAAAUGAACAAACCCCAAAACCAAACAGAAAGUUAACACUGUUGCCACUGAUGUUAAGUACUGUUUUUCCUUUGCUUGCUUCUCUGCUAUUCCUGACUGAUGAUAGAGAAGAGUCUGCUAAUAAAGACUGUGUAUGCAAUGCCCUGAAA